CCACUCACAGUAGUUGCGAUUCCUUUCUUUUUUGCGAGCAGCGACCGGAUAUGGAUCCACAUUCUUACGCAGAUUUCUCGCAGCUCCUCACCGACAGCAUCGCGCUCGAUCUCUUCCUCGACUUUGAAAGGCGGAUCAUCGUCGGCAGCGCCGAUUUCACCCUGCGCCAGGCGUUCUCCGGGGAUUUCGUCCUCGACACACGGGAUCUGCUCGUCCGGGGCGCCUUCGAUUCCUCCUCGCCGGCCAAGAAGCCACUGGCAUUCGAUAUUUCGAGCGAGCGGCACCCGAUCAAGGGCCAGCGCCUCGUGCUCCAUCUCCCCUCGCCGACGAGCCGCUUCUUGAUCCUCUUCACAACAUCGCCGCAAGCGUCCGCCCUCCAGUGGCUUGAUCCAUCGCAGGCCUCCUCCGGGAAGCACCCCUUCGUCUACACGCAUUGCCAAGCUCUCCACGCGCGCUCCAUCUUUCCCUGCCAGGAUACGCCCUCGGCGCGAUUCAGGUUCUCGGCGAGGAUCAACAUCCCCCAGGAGAUGCGCGCGGUGAUGUCCGCCGCGCAUGUGGAGCGGCUGGAAGCGAUCGCUCCCGGGCGCGCGGUCGAGGUUUUCAAGAUGGAGCAGCCGAUCCCGCCCUAUCUCUUCGCUCUCGCGGCGGGAGAGAUCGCUUGCGAGGAGCUGGGAGCUCGAUCCAGGGUGUAUGGCGAGCCGGGCAUGGUGAAGGCGGCGGCGCGCGAGUUCGCGGCCACCGAGGGGAUGAUCGAACAGGCGGAGGCGCUGUUUGGGCCGUAUGACUGGGAGAGAUUCGACAUGCUGGUGUUGCCGCCAAGCUUUCCCUAUGGAGGGAUGGAGAACCCGAGGAUGGUGUUCUUGACGCCGACGGUGAUCGUUGGAGAUCGGAGCGGCGCCUCGGUGGUGGCACACGAGCUCGCUCAUAGCUGGACCGGGAAUCUCAUCACUAAUGCCUCCGCCAACGAUUUCUGGCUCAACGAGGGAUUCACCACCUAUGCGGAAAGGCGGAUCGUGGAAGUUUUGGACGGGAAGGAGCGGGUGGCUCUUCACUACGGGCUGGGAUGGAACGGAUGGGAAGAGGAGAUCGAGCGAUUCAAGGAUAGGCCCGAGUUUACCAAGCUCAAGACCAACCAGGAGAAUGUGGAUCCCGACGAGGUAUACUCCCAAGUUCCAUACGAGAAAGGCUGCUUCUUUCUCAAGAGGCUCGAGGACGAGGUCAGUCGUCCGGCAUUUGACGACUUUCUCGAACGCUACAUCGCCAAGUUUCGCUUUACGUCGAUCGACACGGAGACGUUCCUGGUGUUUCUGAGAGAUUACUUCCCGGGGAUUGAUGAGAAAGUGAACGUCGAUAGAUGGAUUUACGAGCCAGGCAUGCCUCCCGACGCUCCGAAGCCAAAGUCUGGAAUUCUGGAGAGAGUUUUGGGGAUGGUGGCGGAAUUCAAGUCCCAAAGCGAGAGUUACGAUGAAGAAGCCUGGAAGAAGUACCUCGAGUCACUCAAGGAGGAAGCUUUGGGGUGGCAAGCUCUGGAGUGGCAAGUUUAUCUCGAGAGCCUUCCAAAGAAAGUGGCGAGCGUGAUGAUACUCCGUGAUCUGGACUCGGUGUUUCAUCUGUCGAGGAGUCCCAACUGGGAUCUCCGGGUUGCGUUCCUGGUGAUUGCGGCCAACUCGGGUUUCCAGGCUUGCUACAAUGACAUCGAGCAGGCGCUGAUGAUGGUGGGAAGAAUGCGGUACCUUCGUCCUCUCUACAGUGGUCUGCUGGACAGCAAGGACGAAGCCGGCAUGGAGCUUGCAAAGAAAGUAUUUGCAAAGGCUCGUCCGAAGUAUCAUCCGAUUGCUCGCUCGGUGGUGGAGGGAUUGAUGAAGGCGAAGGACAGGACGAGCAAUGAUGGAAAGUUAUGAGCAGUGGCUGGGUAUCGAGGACCUCAAAGGUUUAGUGGAAGGAAUUUCUCUGACCGGGAAUGAUCUGGUCCUCGGUCGAAUAAGGUACAGGAGCCUAGACUCUAGAUUAUCAUUAGUUGUCUUAUCGGCUUUGCUUAAACAAGUGAAAAGCACUUCAGUCUGUGGGCUGAGUUUUUUAAUCCGCAUCUUACAUUUUGCGCUAUAAUCUGGUUCUUUGCAGGCUUAAGUUUGCGAAGGUCACAUCUCCAAGGCGGAUAUUUUUAGUGAAAUGAAGAAAGCUUCUUCAAGAGUAAGAGAGCUUCUCGAGCUUGUUUACGUGAUCGCUGCCUUGAUCCAGGAAAAAUUCAAGUGGGACGUUUAUAAAUCAUCUUGGUCGAAGAACAUGGCAUCUAUUGCGUCGGUAAGAAUAAACUCCACUAAAUCCUGGCA